AUGAAUAUCAAUAUUAAUACGUUUGGAAAUUCGAAUCUGAAUUCGAAUGCGAAUUCAAAUGGUUAUAAUCCCAGUUCAGUUGCAAGCACUGCUAACACGCCGUAUUUCGUGUCGAAUGGUAAUGGUGGUAAUGGGCCUGGAACUACUGGGGCCUCGUUAGUAACGCUCCCAUCCAUUAAAACGCUACUGAAUAAGUUAGAGGGAACGUCUUCUGCCACUUCUUCUCAGACAAAUGACGUUCAGUACACAAUGGGUCAAACUGAAAUGAACCCACGUAUAAGGACGUCAAUAUCAACGUCUUCUUCGUCUCCUUCGUCGAAUUCAAGUUCGAGCCCGCUUACAGGCACUGGCAAUAACAACCAAAAAACAGCCGGCAGCAACCAUACCCAAGAUGGACAGGUGCUGCCCCCAUUAAGGGGCAGAUCUCAUUCCGAACCAAUGGAUCCGCUAGUCACGCUUUCGAAUACGGCUACUCAGUUGUUAAAUCUGGAAUUUAACAACGUCAACAAGGGUACCGGCUCUGAGAGACAAUUACAGUCCUUGUUACUUCAUAGCAGGUCUUCUACGCUACCGGGACACUUCCCAUCGAUAAAUUCAAUGCUUACACCACCAAAUUCGGCCAAUGUGAAUAGUAUGCUCCCGGUAUCAGCUGAUAGAAUGGCUUUGAUCAACUCUAGUGAUCCUAAUCCUGGUAAUAAGGUUUCUCGUAAAUCGAAAUCGAAAUCUAAAUCGAAAUCGUUACUCAAUUCAUCAAAACGUUCGAAUUUACCAAAGGAAGUCAUCAACGUGCUUAACGAUUGGCUUUUAAAGAAUUUACAUAACCCAUACCCUACACCGCAGGUGAAACGUGAAUUAUUGGAGAAAACAGGCCUUAAUCCAGUUCAAUUAUCAAAUUGGUUCAUCAACGUUAGACGUCGUAAAAUCUUUAACGAAUAUUAUAAACUGAACCAAUCGGUGAAUACAGACAAAUCGGUGAGUUCAGAAAUCCUGCCUCCAGAUCAUGAUGACUCAGUGCAACACGAGGAAGAUGGAUCUGAUCCCCAAUUGGAAAUGAGAUUCCGUACUAUACCACUUACAAGAAGGAAAAAAUUGAUAGAUCGUCUGGAUGAAUUGAAACGUCUGUCAUCGAAUAAUAUGCCCCCACCUUCUCAUCGUCGACAACCAUCGUGA